AUGUCCUCUAUCCUCCAAGCAGACGUCUACGUCUCUUCGCGCCUCCCGCUGGCAGUAAAGCGAGCAGGAGAGCAAAGUUCUUUCUCCCCAAUCUCCUGCACCCUGAUUCACGGGGACGCCGAGGCCGUCCUCGUCGACACGCCCAUAUCUAUUGCCCAAACUGAAGACCUAGUCUCCUGGAUUAAAGAAACCGCCCCAGGAAAAUCUCUUCGUUAUGUCUACAUCACCCACGGCCACGGCGACCACUGGUUCGGCAUAACCGUACUCCGAAAGCACUGGCCCAAUAUACGUGCACUAGCUACCCCCGGCACCGUCGCGCAUAUGAUGGAACAACUUAAGCCGGAGAUAUUCGAAGGAACGUGGCUUUCUCUCUUUCCAGGGGAUCAGAUCCCAAAGUCACCUGAGGUUGCUGAGGCGAUGGAAUCACCCGUCUUCGAGAUAGAAGGCCAUAAGUUCCGGGCUGUAGAGGUCGGACAUUCUGAUACGUAUAAUACGACUGUCUUGCAUGUGCCUAGUAUCCGGCUUGUCGUUGCGGGCGAUGCGGUCUACGGGGAUGUGCAUCAGUAUUUCGGGGAGGCUAAUACAAGAGAGAAACGGAGGGAGUGGCUUCGUGCCCUGAGGAUUAUCGAAGCUCUUAGGCCACAUACUGUUAUUGCCGGGCAUAAGAGGGCUGGGACGGUUGAUGGGAUGUUCAAUUUACAGAAGACUAGGCGGUAUAUCUUGAAUUUUGAGGAGGUUGUUGACUCGGCUACUAGUUGGAAGGAAGUCGUGGAGGAAAUGAAGAACAGAUACCCCCGACGCAUCAAUCCCCAUGCCAUCAUUCGGGGAGCGAUGGCGGCCUUCCCGGACAAUCAGGGGGCAAGAAUGUAG